AUGUACAACUCCUUGACGCGCAUCCAGAAUGUCUUUGGCUUCUUCACCACCGUCGCCUUCGCCGUCGCCGCCAUCAUUGCUGCCUCCGACUUCACCGCCCCGCGGACGCCGAGCUCCGAGAUCAAGAUGACCAACGUGCAGGUUGUCAAGGGCCGCCCGCACUACUACUCGACCAAGAAGGAGGAGUACGCCAUCAUCAAGUUCUCGAUGGAUGCGGACCUGUCGUCGCUGUUCACGUGGAACACGAAGCAGGUGUUCGUGUACGUGACGGCCGAGUGGCCGUCGGCGGGGACGCAGAACCAGACCAACAGCGCCGUCAUCUGGGACAGCAUCAUCACGGCGCCGUCGUCGGACCACCUGGCCAACAUCGGGCCGGCGACGCUCAAGAAGCUGCGGCGCAGCGCGGCGGGCAAGGCGACGGACCCGAGCCGCGGGCUGCUGAGCCUCAAGAACCAGCGGCCCAAGUACCAGAUCACGCACCCCACGGGCCGCAUCGCCAAGAGCGCCGACGUCGCCCUUCGCCUGCACUACAACGUCCAGCCCUGGGUCGGCCUGCUGACCUGGGACCAGGGCCGCGACUACGGCCUGUGGCAGGCCAUGAAGGGCGGGCUCACCAAGGCCUUCAGCCUGCCGGCCGUCAAGGCCAAGGACGAGGGGAAGAAGAAGAAGGCGUAG